AUGAAGGCCAUCCUUCAACGAGUGCUUUCAGCCUCGGUCACGGUGGACCAGGAGCUGGUUUCAUCGAUAGGAAAAGGCAUCUUGGUCCUGGCUGCAGUUGCGCCGGGUGACACUGAGAAGGAAGCUGAUGCCCUGGCAGCGAAGGUCCUCAAGUUGAGGCUUUGGGAUGAUGAUACAGGGGGCCGUUGGAAGAAGAAUGUCCAAGAUAUCAACGGCGAAGUACUAUGUGUAUCACAAUUCACGCUCCUAGCUUCUACCAAGAAGGGCAGCAAACCGGACUUCCACGGUGCCAUGGGAGGGGACGAGGCCAAGAGCCUCUACCAGUAUUUCUACCGCCGAGUUCAGGAAGGCUAUGCUGCCGACAAGGUGAAGGAUGGCGUCUUCCAAGCCAUGAUGCAGGUUGCCCUCGUAAAUGACGGACCGGUCACUCUUGAGGUCUCAGCAAGCCCUCCCAAGGAACAAGACCAGAAGAAGCCAAAGACCACGGAACCGCCCAAAUAA